AUGUCCCUCCCUGAAGGAACAAUAAUCCGACAAGCACAUGUCGAAGGUACUUACAACUCCCCACUCACACCAACCCUCACACCAACCCUCCACUCCCAUAUCCAAUUCCACCCUCCACUUCCUCGCCCCCAUCCAGACCCAAAAACGCACCCACUAACNCUCCCCCAUCCAGACCCAAAAACGCACCCACUAACACCCCCAGACAUCCCCACAAUCCUCCACCUAAUCCACGCUCUCGCAACCUACGAAAAAGAGCCCCCCACAAGCAUCGAAGCAACCCCCGAAAAACUCCUAAAAACCAUCGCCUUCAGUCCCUCACCUUCUUCCCCCUCCCCCUCCCCUUCCACCCCAAACAUCUCCGGAAUCACACCCAACCGACCAGCACGCUGUCUCCUCCUCUUUCCCGCCGGCGAAAAAGAAGCGGUAGCUUUCGCAGUAUACUAUUACACGUACUCGACCUGGCGAGCACUCCCGGGGAUCCAUCUCGAGGACUUGUUUGUGGUGCCUGAGUGGAGGGGAAUGGGGUUUGGGAGGGCGUUGUUGGGGGAGCUUGCUAGGGAGGUGGGGGGGAUGGGGGGUGGACGGUGUGAGUUUUAUUUUCUUUUCUUUCAUUAUUUUGUUUGGUUGUCUUUCUAUUUUACUUUUAUGUUUUGGAAGUUCUUGAAUUGGGUCCUUGAAUUUGAGUCGAGCCCAGGGAGUUGUGAGAUUUGGCUGUUGAUGGUGGGAGGAGAGAUUGAGGGGACUUGACUGACAUGGAAUAGUGGAAUGGAAUGUUUUGAAAUGGAAUGAGCCGAGUAUCAAGUUCUACAAAGGGGAGAGUGUUGGUGCGGAGAUGCUGGAGGAGUGGGUUGGGAUGAGGGUUGAUGGGGAGAAAUUGGAGAAAUUGGCUGGGAAGGGGAUUGAUAGCAGAUAG